AUGGCUUGGAUCAGCAAUAUCUCCUGGUUUAAUCACUUUGCUCUACAUGAAGAACAUUUCAGGAGGUACUUAAACAGCACUGAGGAUUACUUAACCUUCCUAUGUGGGCCCAGACGGAGCCAUCUGUUCUUGCCCAUGGCUUUGGUGUACACCCUGAUCUUCGUUGUUGGGGUGGUAGGUAACUUCUUGGUUUGCCUGGUAAUCCUCAAGCACCGGAACAUGAAGACCCCAACCAAUUACUAUCUCUUCAGCCUCGCUGUCUCAGACCUGCUCGUGCUGCUUUUUGGGAUGCCGCUGGAAGUCUACGAGAUGUGGAGCAACUACCCCUUCUUGUUUGGGCCCGUUGGCUGCUAUUUCAAGACGGCACUCUUUGAGACAGUGUGUUUUGCCUCCAUCCUCAGUGUGACCACAGUCAGCGUGGAGAGAUACAUUGCCAUCCUCCAUCCUUUCCGUGCCAAGCUGGAGAGCACUCGCAAGCGUGCCCUGAGGACCAUAGUGGUGCUCUGGCUCCUCUCUGUCUUCUUCGCCCUUCCCAAUACAGGCACCCAUGGCAUCAUGCUGCAGUAUUUCCCCAAUGGCACCCUGGUCCCUGGCUCUGCUACCUGCACUGUAGUCAUGCCUAUGUGGAUCUACAACUGUAUUGUCCAGAUUACUUCCUUUCUCUUCUAUGUGCUGCCUAUGGGGGUAAUAAGUGUGCUGUACUAUCUGAUGGGGCUAAGAUUGAAAGGAGAGAAAUCUUUGGAAGUGGAGGAAAUGGCGGUGAAUGUUCAGAGGCCAUCCAGGAAAUCAGUCACCAAGAUGUUGUUUGUCCUCGUGAUGGUUUUUGCUAUUUGCUGGGCUCCAUUCCAUAUAGAUCGACUUUUCUUCAGCUUUGUUGUGGAAUGGACUGAACCUCUGGCUAAUGUAUUCAACUUAAUUCAUGUGGUGUCAGGUGUUUUCUUCUAUCUGAGCUCUGCAGUGAACCCCAUCAUUUACAAUCUGUUGUCCCAGCGCUUCAGGAUGGCUUUCCUCAGUGUGAUUUCGCCUCGCUGCAAGAACUGGACCCCUAAACAUCCCACUGGCAAGAUUCCUGCCCAGCAGAGCAUCUUUGUGGUUGAGGACCACAAUCUCAUGGACUCUGCUGAAGACACAAGUCUCCCUGGCACCCACAGGACAUCUGUCAGCAGUUCUCAGCUCUCCACUGGUCUGUGA